GCCUGUUUGAAAGGCUUUUUAAAAACUCUAUUUUAGUUUUUGAAAAUUUAAAAACUAAAAACUUGUUUGAAUAUAAUAUUUUACAAAUGUGUUUUUAAAAACUCUUCACAAUUUUUCAGUUUUUAAAAGCAAAAAACUGAAAUGGCUAAAUCGUGUUUUAAUUUUUGCUUUUCAGUUUUUAAAAACUAAAAACAAAAACUAUUUCAAACAGACCCUAGUUUCUGAGUUUUCCUUUUUCCUUCUGUUUAUGCUGGUUCUGUCACACAUACCAGGCGUGUUGAAGAUAAGGGCGCAGAAGGUUAGUUUUUGUUUUUUGAUUCCAUCUCUCUAGUUUCUUUUAGUUUAUGUAUUUUUGAUUUUUGCAGAUUUGUGCCUGUGAGAUUGAGUUAAGAGAGGUUUAUAGGAAGUGAUUUUUUUUCUUUUCUGUUUUUGUGUUACAAGUGAUACCUCAUAGCCAUAAAGUAUCCAAGCAAGAGACGUAUCACAUUCUCUUAUCUUAAGCAAGAGAAGUAUCACAUUCUCUAUUCUUCCUCUCUAGUUGCUUUUAGUGUAUGUAUUCUUGAUUUUUGCAGAUUUGUGCCUGUGAGAUUGAGUUAAGAGAGGUUUAUAGGAAGUGAUUUUUUUUUCUAUUUUUGGGUUACAAGUGAUACCUCUCCAAAAUCACCAAAUUAGGUUUGAUUUUCGUUUUAUUUAGAUGAUUGAAAGGGUCAAUGAGGGGUAGUUUUAUUAUAUAUGUGGUGAGUCUGAAGUUUGUUUACUAUUUGUAUAUAUUCUGAAUCUUUUAAUACAGAGCAUAACAGGAGUUUAUUAUCUGCAGCUAACAUAACGGCACAACUGGUAUAACUAAUUGUUAACUACUUUAAUAAUAUGACUUGUUAGGUUACAAAGCUUAUUGAUAAAUCUAAUUCCCAUCCACUGAUACAAACUAGUAUAAAACCUAUAUACUAUAUAAAUUUUGAAUUGUAGGUUUAUAGAUAGCAUGUAUAUUAUAGUUGUAUUGGGGCUUUUGACCCAACUAAAAUCUAUGUUGCUUAUGAGCAUAAUUAUGUUCCAUUAUUGACUUGAUUGGGUUGUUUUUUUUUCUUCUUUCUUUCUAAAACAGUUUGAUACGGCGUGAAAACCGUUCUCGGAAACUAAAGAAAAAUGGACAGUGAAAGUGGAGUCCCAAUUUUAGAUUUUCGUAAGAGCACUGGAAUUAUUUUAGAAGAAGGAGGUCAAGGAUGGAAAGAAAUGAGUAAGAAAGUGAGAGAAGCACUUGAGAGUCAUGGUAUGUUUCUCUUAAGGUGUGAUGAAAUACCGAAAGAAUUACAAAAUAAAAUGUUCACCGGCAUUAAAUCUUUGUUUGAUCUACCCGAGGAGACAAAGACGAAGUCCAUAUUGGCAAAAGAGCUUAUAGGGGUUAUUCGUCCAAGAACCCUACCCUUCCUAAUAGUCAGACAUUCGGUAUUGAUGAUACUUUUGAUCCAAAUGAGGCUCGAAGCUUCACUAACCUCAUGUGGCCGGAAGGAAAUCCGAAUUUCUGAUUUGUGCCUGUGAGAUUGAGUUAAGAGAGGUUUAUAAGAAGUGAUUUUUUUCUUUUCUAUUUUUGUGUUACAAGUGAUACCUCAUAGCCAUAAAGUGCCAUAAAGUAUCGGAAAAAAAAAGAGAAUCAUUUUGUUUGGUGCAUCUAUGUUUUGUCAUAUUCUCUAAAAACAUUCCAAAUCUAAGCAAAAAUAGAAGAAAGAGAUA